ACGGAAGAAUUCCUCCAGAUUCGCGUAAAGGUUGAAUCUCUCGUCUCAGCUUCUUCCUUCUUCCCAAGGACGCUUUUAUAGGGGGUCGUGGUUGCUACAGGCUUCAUGGAUGAAGCGGAACAACACAGAAUUUGCUCCUGCAUUCCGGAGAACGACAUCGACAUGGUGUCAAGCUGGACGACGAGCAGCUGUUGUUGCUAAGGCAAUGAUGGUGUGGAGAUGUUUAAAAGCAGGAUGAUCAGAAAAUGGUUUGUGAAGCAGACAAUGCUGAUGGGAGAGUAAUGAGACACCUUAAUUUAUUUGAAUCUCAGAAGAAAUUAAAGGGAUGAGGACAGAUUCUAUCACCAAGCCAAUUCCUUUUAAAUUGAAUUGUCCUUCCAUUUUUGUUCAUUUUAUUUAAGCAAUAAGGCAAAUCACAGGUUAUAAAUCAAAUGAAAAUAG